AAAGCACAACACCUCAGAAAUUCGUAUAACUGAACUUUUGGAAAUCUAUUAUAUAUACUUGAAGAGCUCAUGCUAAACACUAAAAGGAAAUGGCUCUACUAUCAUUGCUGCCAGAGCUACACAAAAUAGUAUUCCAACUAAAUCCCCUCCUCUCCCUUCUUAUCCUCUUCACUUCUCUUUAUGUUUUCAAGUGCGUUACAAGUGCCAAACCCAAUUUACCUCCAUCCCCACCAAAGCUACCAUUAAUUGGAAACCUUCACCAGUUAGGCACAUUCCCAUAUCGUUCUCUUCAAGCACUCUCAAGGAAGUAUGGCCCUAUAAUGCACUUAGAUUUGGGGCAUACUCCAACCCUGGUGGUGUCAUCUGUAGCUAUGGCCAGAGAAAUAAUGAAGACACAAGAUAUCAUUUUCUCAAAUCGGGCAAAAACCACAGCUGCCGAUAUCUUCCUCUAUGGAUGCACAGACGUAGCAUUCUCAUCCUAUGGUGAGUAUUGGAGACAAGCUAAGAAAAUUUGUGUCCUUGAACUUUUGAGUCUCAAAAGAGUGCUAUCUUUCCAAUUUGUAAGAGAUGAAGAAGUUGCAUUAUUAAUCAAUAACAUACGUGAGUUGUGCAUCCAAAAGGCUUCUCUUAAUCUAAGUGACAUGUUGAUUGCAACUUCAAAUAACAUAGUGUCUCGAUGUGUACUUGGACGGAAGUUUGAAGAUGGUAAGAGCAGGUUGGGGCACCUAUCAAGAAGGAUAACAGAGCAAUUAACAGCAUUCUGUUUGGGAGAUUUUUUCCCUUCUAUGAAAUGGAUUGAUGUUCUUACAGGCUUAAUACCAAGUAUGAAAACCACUUUUCGAGAACUUGAUGCCUUUUUUGAUGAGGUUAUUGAAGAACACAUGACAAUGAAAAGUGGUUAUGAAAAUCCUAAUUAUAAGAAGGAUUUCAUGGAUAUUCUCCUCCAACUUCAACAGAAUCCUAUGCUCGAGUUUGAGCUAACUGAUGACAACAUCAAAGCGAUCCUACUGGACAUGUUUGUGGGAGGAACUGAUACUACUUCAGCAACUUUGGAAUGGUUAAUGGCGGAGCUUUUAAAAACUCCAAGUACUAUGAAGAGAGCUCGAGAAGAGGUGAGAAGACUGGUGGGAAAGAAGUCAAGGAUAGAUCUGAAUGAUAUCAAUCAAAUGAAUUACUUGAAAUGUGUCAUCAAAGAAACGUUGAGACUACACCCACCAGUUCCUCUCAUGGUGCCUCGAGAAACAACAAAUAGUGUGAAAUUGGGAGGUUAUGAUAUUCCGCCAAAAACAAGAGUAUAUGUCAAUGCAUGGGCAGUCCAUAGGGAUCCUGAGGUAUGGGAUAGGCCAGAAGAAUUUCUCCCAGAGAGAUUCAUCGACAAUCCAAUUGAUUUCAUAGGCCAAGACUUUGAAUUGUUCCCAUUUGGAGGUGGGAGAAGGGCAUGUCCAGGUUCGACAUUCAGUGUUUCUUCUAUUGAAUAUGUGAUUGCCAAUCUCUUAUAUUGGUUUGACUGGAGGUUGCCCAAUGCAAAUGUUAAGGGAGAAGACUUGGACAUGAGCGAAGCUAAGUCUUUCGUUGUGUCUAAGAAAAUUCCUCUUCAUCUUGUACCAUCAUUGCACUCUCCUUGAUCUAUGAUUAAUAGAUUUAUGGUUGUUCUCAUAAUAAUGUAAUUUUUUUCUGUUCUCUUAUCGAAAUUUAGUGUAUUGGGAACUUCAACCUUAAA